AUGUACCUUACCGUCCUCUCCUCCUCUCCGCUCCGCCCCGCUCCUAUCUUCCUCCUCUUCUUUUCUCCUCUCCUCCACUCUCGACCGAGCGCAAUCAUGCCUCACUGCUUCCUGCGCAAACCGCAAUCGCGCGCCUGUCCACCGCCGAAUAUGGUGCACAUACUGCCAGAAACGGAUGUUUGGCUCUGUCCCGACUCCCGAGUCUCAAACUCUAGUGCUCUUGGCGUCCGGCACGCGUCUCCACACCCAGCGGGAAGCGGGAAGCUGGAAGCUAGCGCUAAUGCACCGCCACCUGUGGCUGCUAGCGGCAAAUAA